AUGAGAAACUUGGUACCGCUAGGCUCUCGGCGCUGGCGCCUGCCGAUGGCGCAGGACCCCGACGCUGCACCCGGCGGGCUCGAAACCGUAGUGGGUUCGUGCUACGACGCCCAGACGCGUGUCGUGUACGUCGUGACGAGCGCAUGCAACCUAUACGGCAUCCACAUCGGCAAGGACUCGGGCGGCGGUGACGCGUCGCGUCCGUUCCUCCGGAUGUCCCUGCUCGUCGGCGGCGGUGGCGACGGCGCGCUCGCGGACGAGGAGCCCGCGCUCCCGGCCCGGUCCGUCGUGGUCGGCGUCGAGUACAUCGCCGAGCUCAGAGGCGUGUGCAUAGCCGCCGCGUCCGGAGAGCUCAUCCUGGUCGCGCCCGACCCGGACGACGACCACGCGACGACGACCGCGCGCGGCGCGGCGACGGUUGGGGAGGCGGGCGCCAAAAUUCCCGCCGGCGCCGUCGGCCCCGAGUGCAUCCCCGAGUGCGUCGGCGCGGUACCCUCGGGGAUCCGAGCCAUGCGAUGGAACCCCGACGGGGAGAUUCUCCUCGUCGCGACGGGCGACGGCCAACUGGUCUGCAUGAACAAGGACUUCUUCGUCCUCGCGGAGGCGCCGCUCGGGGCGAGCGGCGAGAGGGUCGGCACGGCGGCGGCUUCGUUGAGCUGGCGCGGCGACGGCGCCUACGCGGCGUCGUUGACCCUGGAGGUGGGCGACGCCGAGCCCCGACUGCGGGUGUGGAGCAGGGAGGACCUCGAGCCGCACUCGGAAGGGGAGGUGAGCCCGGCGUCCCCCCUCGAGUCCGGCGUCGCGUACGUAUCUUCUUCUUCUCCAGAUGAGGCGGGGGGCGGAGUCGAGUCCCCGUCAAUCUCAGCCGCCGAGUCCUCCGCGCCGCCGCUCGCGUGGCAGCCGCGGGGAGCGCUCGUCGCCGCGGCGUCGGCGAGGGGAGGAGUCAUGUUCUUCGAGCGUAACGGACUUCGCAGGGGAGGUUUCGAUCUUCCUCGCGACGGCGCGGGCGAUCGAGUGCGCGCGCUGGCGUGGUCGUCGGACAGCUCGGCGCUCUGCGUGACGACGGCGGGCGACUCCGCGCACGGCGUCCAGGUGUGGACGCGGGGAAACAUGCGAUGGUACCUCAAGCGCGAGAUGCGGUAUCCGCGCGUGUCGUCCGGAGGGUUCCAACGGGCGCCGCUGGUGAGAUGGGACGAAGACGACGCCGACGUCCUGCGAGUGUUCACCGCCGACGGGACGGUGGAGGAGCACGCGUUCGGUUGGGACGUCUGCGUCUCGGCAGCCGCCACCGCCGCGGUGGUGGACGGCUGCCGCGCGCUCAUCACCCCUCUGGCACGCACGCCCAUCCCGCCGCCCAUGUGCGCGGCGACGGCGAUUUUCUCGGCGCCCGUCUCCGAACUCGCGUGGGUUCCCGGCGGCGGUAUCGAAGGGGAGGAGGAGGAGGCUGGAGAGACGUUGCUGGCGCUCUUGGCCGACGGGACGCUCGAGAUUGUCUCCUCGACGCGGGGCACGGAAUGGGAGGAAACCUGCGAGGAGCUCGCGCGGGAGCUCGCGAGUGCAAAGGGAGGCGACGGAGACGACGGAGAUGACGAGUUCUGUCUCACCGCGCGGCCGGUGCGGAUCGUCGAGGACGAUACCGUCGCGUCCUUCUCCGACGCGUCCUUCUCCGACUGGGGUGGAGGGAGGACGAUUUUGAGGCGGUUGCGGCACCUCGCGUGUCCGUCCCCGCGCGUGGCGGUGAUGACCGCCGACUGCCCGAGGGACGGAAGCGCCGCGCUCCUCGUCGUCGACAUGCGUCGGGACGAAAUUGCAACAUGCGGUGCGGACCGGGACGAGGGAUGGAGCGGGGCGAUGACGCGCGCGUGUGUCCUUCCCGGGGAGGCGACGCGCGUGACCCCGUUGGAAGGCGGGUCACCGGCGACGGCCCUCGUGCAGGUCAGGGGUCAGUCCACGCCUAUGAUGUGGACGGAAGGCGACGGAGGCGGGUGUUUCCCGGCGCGUCUACCCGAAGUCGCCCUUCGUGAGUCGUGCGCCGUCGCUCGAGCCUUCACGACUGCGGAUUCGCGGGCGCUGCUCGUCGGAUUGGACGCCGGCGGGACGCUUCGAUGCGGCUCCCGCGCGGUGGCCCUCGGGGUCCGGUCGUUCGCCGUGCACAGGUGCGCUGGGGACGGCACCGUCGCCGCAGGAUCUGACGCACCCGACGUGUCGUACGCCGUCUCGUUGAGUCGCCGUUCCGUUCCCCGGGUGACUUACGUCACGCUCGCCGACGAGCUUCGGGUGGCUGAGGUCGCGGACCUCUUGGGCCUGGGCGACUCGAGCGGGCCGGGCGCGGGAACGGCGGACGCGGAGGCGCCGAUAAAUCGCGACGAGCUGGCAUCCGCGGCGGGUGGAAAGCGAGGCGGAGGAAACUCCAGGAGCGUCGAGCGCGGGGGCGUGUACAUGGACCAGCUGCACGUCUCCAUGCGCGCCGCGAUGCGUCCCGCGGAUUGGGCGAGAGCAGCGGACUUUCGAACGCGCCGGGUCGAGGAGGGCUCCCGCAUCGUCGCCGCCCCGCCGGGAUCCGUGAACGUCGUGCUGCAGAUGCCGCGAGGUAAUCUGGAGACGGUGCAUCCGCGCUCGCUCGCGCUCCCCGCGGUGACGGCGGCGCUCGCCGCGGGAAGGUUCACCGCCGCCGCGACGCUCGCGGCUCGCCAUCGCGUGGAUCUGAACCUGCUCGUGGAUUACGCCUGGCCGAGCUUCCUGAGCCGCGCGAGCGAGUUCGUCGAGAGCGUGAACGAUCCCGACGUCGUCAUGGAGCUCAUCGAGGUACUCGAUCCCGCGGACACGACCGCGCCGGGGGGAGUGUACGCGCAUCUUCGCGGGCCCGACGUCGACGCGGGCCCGCAGCCGGCGACUGGAGAAAAAUUGGUCGGAAAAGUAGCCGGGACGUGCUCGGCGAUACGAGCGGCGGUCGAGGCGAGAUCAUCCAACGCGAGAUCAUCCAACGACGCCGCCUGUGACGGGUCGGCGGUCGAUCGACUCCUCGACGAUCGAUGGGAGCUCGUCGUCCUGUCCGCGCACGCGCGGACCGAGCCGCCGGAUCUGGGCGCUGCGCUUGCACGCGUCGGCCGUCGAAGGGAACUCGAGCUGGCAGCCGUCUCCGGCGGGGGAGGGAUGGAAGUGCUGGACUCCAAAAAGGUGCUGGACUCGGCGACCGCGUUGAAGCAUCUAAUCGCCCUCGUGGGCGGCGAGGCGUUGUACGAGGCGGCGUUGGGUACCUACGACCUCUCGUUGGCGUACCUGGUCGGAACCCACUCCGCUAUGGAUCCGGGGGAGUUUGUCGCCGACUUGAAGCGAUUGCAAGAUAUCGAAUCGGAGCCACUGAGACGCGCGGACGUGGACGCGAGGCUGGGUCGGUGGCCCUCGUGCGUGGAAAACCUACUCCGCGGCGGCGACGUCGCGGGUGCGUGCGAGGUGGCGGAGAGACGACGCCUUUUCCCUCACGCUCUCGCGGCGCUCAGCGAGUCGCUCGCGGCGGAAGGUUCGGCGUCGUCGAAGGAGUGCGCCAUCGAGGUCAGACGAGAGGUCACGCGCGCGUACGCCGCGUUUUUAUCGCGUGAGCGAAGGCACGAAGACGCCGCGGUGGCCCUCCUGUCCGUCGGCGAGGGCAGGGCCGCGCUGGAUGAGUACCGGGAGGCUGUCGCGUGGCGCCCCGCGCUGGCGCUCGCCGCGCGACUCGGCCUGUCUCAGAACGAGCGGACCUCGAUCGCGGAGGAGAUCUGCGAGGCACUCGAGCUGACCGACCCGUCCUCGGCGGCGAUCGUCGCCGCGCAGCACCUGGGAGAUGUGGACAGGGCGGUGGGUUCGCUCACGCGCGCCCGGGAGUGGCGCGAGUCGGCACGGGUGGCGUACCUUCACAAUCGCGCCGACCUCGUCGAGACCGUCGUCGCGCCUUGCGCCGCGGAGGCGGCGCAGGGCGUCCUCUCCGAGGCCACGGAGCUUCCAUCUCGCCUCGACAAGUAUCUCACGCGGCUCAGGGAUCUUCGUACGCGCAGGGAGGCGAUGCGCCGCGCGAUCGACGCGGGAGCCGAGGCGUGGCGAGGCGACAGGCCGGGCGGCGGCGACGACGACGACGCCGCAUCCGAGGCUCCGAGUCUAGCGUCCGGCGUGUCCGGCAUGAGCGCGUACACGGACAGGACCGCGGGCGCGCGGACGGCGACGUCGCACGCCCGAUCGGGCGUUCCGUCCACCCAAGGCGGUCGCAAGCCGACUCGGAAGCAGCGACGGGGUAAGAAGGCUGGAGCCGGUUUGCGCGCGGGCGGCCCGACGGAGGAGCGCGACCUCGCGGCGCACCUGGCGAGCGGCGCCGUUGCCGGAUCGCUCGGGGCUCCCCGCGCGCUCGAGGAGAUUGGCGAGCUCACGGAGCUCCUCGUCUCCCUGGGUCACGCGGAGGAUGCCGCCGCGCUGCAGCGGGCGGUGUCCGACGCCGUCGCGGCCCUGGAGAGCGCGAGGGAAGAGGCGCGGCUGCGCGGCGAGGCUCUCAACCGGGAGGAGGCCGCCGCCGCCGCCGCCGACGCCGAGGAGGUGGUGGUGGACGCGACGAAGGUGUCCGUGGGUGCGCACGCGGCGUCGAAGGAGGUCCAGACGGCUGCGGCGCAGUGGAAGUGGGCGGCGCUGCGUGGGAGCAACGCGCGUUGA